AUGUUUUCUCAAUGGCUAAGUGACCAAGAUGAACUUUUCAAGUUUAUUUCACCUCCUCGUCCUCAACAACAAAACGAUAAACUUCUGGUGGAUGUGAAUAAACCUCCCUUUAAUGAUUUGGAUCUUAGUACUGUUGCCAAGUCCAAGCCAAAACAGGGCCGUCGAAGGAAGAUUAGUGCCUUGGAAAACAUUGAGGAGAGCCCUAGAGACUACAUCAAGAAGAUCAUACAUAGAGAUGUCGAAAGGCAAAGAAGGCAAGAGACGGCUGGCCUUCACGAGACUCUGCGUUCACUGAUCCCCUCUCAACAUCUCGAGGGGAAGCGGUCCAUAUCAGAUCAUAUUCAUGCGACCGUGAAAUAUAUUAGGUUUCAAAAGAAGAAGGUAGAUGAGCUGAAGAGCAAGAGAGCAAAGCUCAAGGAAUGGUUUAUCAAUCCGACCACUUCCAAGGUUGUAGAGAAUGAAAAUCCACAGGAAGAUUUUGAGCAACCUAGUAUUGUGGUUAAAACUUGUAGGGCAGGGAUGGAGAUCACCAUAACCACUGGAUCCAAAGUAGAUCUUCCUCUUUCCAGAAUCCUCAAUUUUCUCAUUUCAGAAGGCAAGUCUAUCAAAAGCUGCAUUUCCACACGAGUAAAUGAAAGGCUACUCCAUGUUAUUGAAUCAGAGGUGAAUGACGAGAAAAUUAUAAGUCCAAAUGAGCUGCAGGAGAAAUUGACGGAGAUAGCGCGCUAUCAAAUCAGUUGA